UUCACCCAACUCGUCUUUUCUUGACUAUGGCUGGGCACCCUUUGGUGACUGAAAACUGACGCUUUGUGUGAAUAUGUGAUACACAACAGAAGAUCCCCCGGCAGAAGCGGUCGGGUCCGAAACAACCCAUGCCUCUUCCCCCUCUUACCAUGUCUCCGGCAGUGCCCAGAGCCAAGAGCUGCAGCCACCCCGCGAGUAAUACCCUGCUCUCUAUUCCGUACUGGGUGAGUACCUACAUCUUUUGGGCUGCUGCUUCCUCUUCGCUUUCCUCUAGCAUAUCUAUCGGAACAGCAAAACAAGUGGGAGGGAAGAUGUUCUAGACUGUUCCCCUCCCCACUCUACCGUCCUAUCAUUGUCAUGUCUGCUGAUAUUCUGACAGCAGCUCUGCCAACUUUUUUUAUGCUCUUUUGGACUGUUCUGAUCUGCCAUUUCUCUGCUUCGGUCUCGGUCAAGUUUGUGGGAGGAAUGCAUCAUGCGGACAAGAGAUGGGGUGUGGGGGGACACAUGGGCAGAUAUCGGCACCGUCUGUCGGCUGAUGUUCUGCUGUUCUGUCGUUCAGUUCAGCCUGUUCUAACUUCUUGGAAGGGGAAAGAAAGGCAAGGUAAUGGGAAAUUCGAUUCGAUCCGAUCCAGCCCAGUCAGUGUACCAACGGUUAGCUUUCCUGCCCCCGUCAAUCAGUGUCAAACUGCCGUGGGCAAUAAUAGUGACUCGUGCCUACACUACCUUACCCUACACUCCCAUUAGCACGGAUAGCGUGCGUUGGUUGCUUGACGGCAUCGGAAGAUGUCGUGUGGUGUCGUGGAAAAGGAUGGCGGCGGGGUGACAGGCGGCUGAGCAAUCAAGAGGGAAAAUGACAUCAUUGUACAUCCGCCGCAUUUUUCUUUCCU